UCAUUCGUUGCCACGGCAACGUCCCCUGGCAAAAUGCCCCCCCAAAAUAAUAAUAAUAAUAAUGAAUUUGAAGAGUUUCCCUCCCCACCACGUGAGAAAAAUAUUGACAGGAGAAAAUUAAUUGGCACACCCCAUCCCGCCGUGGUUCCUUUUACGUCCGCUCCCCCUUAUUUAAAAUUUAAUCCGUACAUAACGAACGGAUACAGGAAAAAUGUGGACAGAUUUCAUAGCUGUGUGAAAAGUGCGUUUUCCUGGAAUAAUGAGACGAUCAAUAUAUGGACGCAUUUUGUGGGGUGGGCUGUAUUUUUUGGUUUAACGGUGGGGGAAUUGUUUAGUGGAGGGGGAGGAGCAGAGUGGGGGAUUAGGUUAAGUGUUUUAGUUUGUUUUCAGGCAUGCAUGUUGCUAUCGUCGUGUUAUCAUACGUUUUGUUGCUGCAGUGACAAAAGUUAUCAUCGUUGGUUACGAGCCGAUUUACUUGGGGUAUCGCUAAGUCUACUAGGAAUUUACCUUAGUGGAAUAUAUUUCGCGUAUAAAUGUGAUCAGUUCUGGCUCAAAUUUUACACCUUUACCGUCCUCGCAAUUUUGCUGAUCGCCUUAGCCGCUCAACUUAUCCCUGCCGACAGUGAGGGUGGUUUCCAGUGGAGAUUAUUUCUAUUCGGGGCGUGGGCUGCGUACGGGGUCAUUCCGACCGUUCAGUGGGUGUGGAUGAGGGGUAGUGGCGGCAAUUUCGAGUAUUUGGGGAAAUUGGUCCACUUUUUAGUAUUCAAUGGUAGUCAUGACGAUUUGGAUCAGGAGGUCAAGCACCUGCUUCCACGAAUUAUUACAAUGUAUCUCAUCUCUAGUUUGGCGUUUGGAUUUUAUGUUUCCAAAUUUCCUGAGCGACUGUAUCCAGGCAAAUUCAACUACAUCUUAAGCUCCCACAAUAUUUGGCACAUUUUAAUCUUCACCGCGUUAUACUAUUGGUAUCAAUUCGUCGUCAUGGAGACUGAUAUUUCCUGCUCAAUCUAAAAAUCGACCACGUCCUGGACCACCGCAGUUAUUAUCACAGCCUAAGAACUUAUCAAUGUCAAAUCCCCGGUCAAUUAAGCUCUGAUCGACACCCAGGGUCCCAAAAAUUUUAUCUUCUGCCCCCAACAAUCCUAAACUUAACCCCGUCCGAAAUUUGAUCGGAGGGAAAAAAUGUAUCCCCAAAAUUUCCGAGGUACAAAUGUAGCUUUUAUUCUUAAAAGUGGGCAAGUUUGAGAACGACAUUGUCCCCCGAGCACCAUAAUUAGCGAGGAGUUUUUGCAGAGGAGCGAUCAAUCCACCGAUUAAUUUAUUUAUGACUAAAUUACACUCUUUGUUGCCAUGGUUUCCAUUAUUUAUAUUUUUAUUUAAGUUUUUGUUGUCAAAUUCAAUUAAACUGAAGCACGGAUAAAAUUGAUUUUUUAGGUUAAAAUCCAAGUAAGGUAGUUUAGCAAAGGGCGAAAUUAACAAGAGUUGGCUCGGUAACGUGUCAAAGGUUGAGAGGAAACCGGAUUUUAUCUUAUUUUCUAUAAAUUUCGUAAUUGUUACAUUUUCCACUUUACACUUCUUCUUAAUGUCACUUAAGUCUAAUUGAAAUUCUUUAAUUGUUUUCUUAUUUUUUACUAAAUCACCGUGAAAUUCGUUAUACUCGGUUAAUAUAUUUUUUAACUGGGAACAGAAAUAGUGUGGCGUUAGAAGCAUAGUUUUUACCAAAUUUACCGGAAUGACCACACCCUCGAACGGGUUAAUAAAAUAAUCACAUUUAUUUUCAAGUAACGUGGAUAAAAAAUUAAUCCACGAAAUUCCAUCGCCGUAACAAUGAUGGAACAUGAAUAGUAAAUAGUCAUGGUGAUUAUUUUCCACAAAAUAAAUCCUCCAUUGUGGCUGGUCGCUAGGCAACCGGGUAUUUAUUAACAAUUCGGUAAAUUCCUUAAUAUCAAUAUUUUCCACUUUAAUUAAAUGAUUACUUAAAUUUAAUUCGUUAAUUUCUUCAUACACGUAAAAACCAUAUUUCUCUUUAAUGAUUAAUUUUAACUUGGAAAAAUUUUCAUUUUUAAUUGUCCUGGUUAAUUUGGUGUUAAAAUCACUAUAAAAACUGUCGCUCGUUUUGUUAAGUUUAAAUUUAAAUAUUAUAUUUGACGGGGAAAUAGAUUCAUUCGCCCAACAGGAAUCUAAUGGGGGCAAUAUUUUGAUAUGUUUUCCAAGGAGACAGGAUUUUAAAAUUAAUUUGUAAAUAUAACUUAGGAUAUAAGACAGCAGUAAAAAUAGGAAUAAUACGUAGGAAAAUAUGUAUAUUAUAAAUUUUAAAAUUGUUAUGUAAUUUCCUGGGUUACGUUUUUCUGGGAUCGUUAUUACUUCCAUGGUUACUGUCUAUGUAAGAAUAAGCGUCUCUUGGUGACCACCAGACACGAUCUGGUAUACAUAUUUAUUGGUAAAGUUAAACAAAGUAAAACGGCUCAUGCUUACAAAUAUGUGUAGCGUAGCCAUGGUUACUGUCUACGAAUGUUGGUAAUGAGACACCAUCAGGUAUGGGAACGUGCAUAUAUUACGUCAUCAAAAAGGUGGGUGGGUGAGUUUUGGUCACUUAUCCUACUCACGUUAAGCUUACCAUGAGUAGGAUAGGGAACGGGUGGGUGUUAUGGCCGUUUAUUUUAUAACUUAAUGUAUGCACGUUCCCUAGUCAUAUUUAUUAUCAAACUUGAACAAAAUAAAGCGACUUUUGCGUAUAGUGUAACGAAUGGCGAUGUGAUAGUAAGAGAGUAAGAUUGCGCAAUGCAUUUCAUGCAACUGUAAUUUUUAGGGUUAAUUAAGGAAAAUUACAUAAUUACACACGAUGAUCGAUGAUGACCUACUUCCUCUUUGUUAUAAAGUAAUAAAAAUAUGCAUUCAUUGAUUAAAUAAAUUGGAAAUAAGAGCCAA